AUGGGGUUUAAGAACACUGUGGAGCAAAGCAGAAUCUGCAGAAGUACAUACAAUGGAUUAGGGCAUGUUGUUGUGAAGGAGUAUGAGGAGCUUGCUCAAGAAGCCAGAAGAAAUUGCACCACCAGAACUUUGAUUCCUCCAGGCAUCCACGCUUUGGCAGUCAAGCUGCUGCUGGCACGCCAGGUGUACUUGUUCAGAAACCUACAUUCCCUUGUGGCCGACUUGGGAAAAAGUCAGAUAUCUAUGAAAAGGGAGUUGAAGGAUGAUAUGAACGACAUUAAGACAACACUGCAUUCGCUAAGGGACCUGCUGAUUGGGGAGUCGGAUCAGAACUGUGAAAAUGUCAAGGGGAGAAGAAUGACGAUGUGGUUGAGUUGUUGUACAUAA